AUGGGUCUCCAAGUAAAGUCCGCUGGCGAGCAAGACGCCGCGCGAUCCGUGGUGAUUGAAAAGGUAGCAUACGGCCGGGGCUCCAUUAGCGACAUCAUCUUCCCCGGCCCCGCGAGCGAGGACGCGGACGGCGCGCGGGAGGCGCAGAUGCUCAAGUCCCUCCGCGAGGACCCAGCGUCUUGCCUGUGGCUGCAGGUCGUCGACGAGGACCGGGUCGGGACCGGGCAGCACGGGAUGGUGUGCUUCUCGAUGGGCUACCUCUGGCUGUCAACGCCGCCGCCGCCGACGACGACGACGAGAAGGGUCUGGGGCCCCGGGUCGAACCCGGAGGCGUGCGAGCGGUUCUUUGGCGGCAUGACGAGCAAGUGGGCGGAGCGGAUGGGCAACAAGCCGCAUUUCUACUUGAAGCUGCUUCAUACGGACCCGACGUAUCAGAGGCGUGGAGCGGCAUCGAUGCUGCUGAAGCGGUGGGCGGAGCGGGCCGACGAGCACGGGCUGGAGUCAUACCUAGAGGCUACCGAGGAGGGACGGCCUCUGUACGAAAAGUUUGGCUACGAGACGGUGGACGUGUUGGUGACGGACUUUAGCAAAUGGGGUGGCCCGGACAAGUUUGAGACUUGCUUAAUGCUGCGAAAGCCCAAGACGGGCAGCGCUUGA